AUGGUUGGCAGACCGCAAAUUCGUUCACGAUCAAAAGUUCAUGAUAUUGAAGUACAAGAUAUAAUGGUCGGUGAUGAAGCACAAAAAGUUCGUCAAAUGUUGGAUAUACAUUAUCCUGUUGAAAAUGGAAUUGUUCAUGAUUGGGAUGACAUGAAACACAUUUACAACUAUUUAUUUGGUCCAAAAAAGAUGAAUAUUGACCCAAAAGAUUGUAAAAUAUUAUUGACCGAGGCUCCAUUGAAUCCGGUUAAAAAUCGAGCAAAAAUGUUAGAAGUUAUGUUAGACCAAUUUCAUUUUUCGGAAGUUUCAUUAGCUUAUCAAGCCAUUCUGACACUAUAUGCACAAGGUAUAUUGACUGGUGUUGUGGUAGAUAUUGGCGAUGGUGUUACACACAUUUGUCCUGUUAUUGAUGGUUAUUGCUUACAAAAUUCAAUUGCACGUUUAAAUAUUGCUGGAAGAGACAUAACACGAUAUCUAAUUAAACUGUUGUUACUAAGAGGAUAUGUUUUCAAUCAAUCAGCUGAUUUUGAUACGGUUCAGCAAAUAAAAGAAAAACUUUGUUAUGUUGCACAUGAUUUAAACGAAGAACGUCAAUUGGCACUGGAUACAACAGUACUUGUUGAAAGUUAUACAUUACCAGAUGGACGAACAAUAAAAUUAUCUGGUGAACGAUUCGAAGCACCUGAAGUUCUAUUUCGUCCAUCACUAUUAGGAAUGGAAGUGAAGGGUGUUGCCGAACUAGUAUUUAAAGUUAUAAAUAGUGCGCAAAUAGAUGAUCGAAAAAAAUUAUAUAAACAAAUUGUGUUGAGUGGAGGGACAACAAUGUAUCCAGGAUUCGGAACAAGAUUAGAGCGAGAACUAGAACAAUUAUAUCAUGAACGAAUUCAAAAGGGAGAUCCAGAGAAAUCACCGAAAAAUGUGAUUCGUAUCGAAGCUCCACCCCGUCGAAAAAAUAUGGUCUUUUUAGGUGGUGCUGUUUACGCUAAUCUUGUUAAAGAUACACCGGUACAAUGGAUUUCAAGGAAUGAUUAUCAUGAACAAGGUGCUGAUAGAUGUUUAGAACGUCUUAAUAAAAUUUGUCCACGUUAA